ACGAACGAAUGUCACGCUUUUGAAAAUUACAAUCAUAAAUUACAGGGACAUUCUCAGCCAUGUCUCCAAGACUCCAUGAAACUUGAACAUUGUCCGCGGUCCCAGUCGCUCUCUUCAAUCUGAGUAUCUAUCGGUGCGACGAUGCCUUCCCGAGAACAAGCCUCGUCCUCGGCAGCCUCGAAGACUGGGGUGACUGGGUUCAGCCUUCCUCUGCCCUACCGGCUUUUCUUCCUGGUCAUCGAACCCAUCGCUACUCUCGUCGGUGCCUAUUACGCCCACUUUGCACAAUCCAGGUAUCUCGAGCUCACUCAUGCCGCCUCUGCCCCAUCACCCAUUCCGCUCGGCACCUCGAUCGCUAUGUCGCAGCUUGCCAAUCUCUAUUUUGCCUUUGCGCUAAGUGAGGCGCUCGUCCUGCGGUCAACUUCGGACCUGCGCGUCUGGAAGACGGUGCUUUUCUGCUUGCUCCUUGCAGACUUUGGCCAUCUCUACACUGUCCGAUCGCUCGGUUACCAGAUUUACUGGAGCAUCUUGAGGUGGAACGCUAUCGACUGGGGAAACAUUCCGUUUGUCUAUCUUGGGGCAUCAAUGCGGGUCGAGGGACCUGAGACAUGGCUCGAAUUCCACAAGAAUGAGUUCCAGCCCAAGCCGUUUGGCGAUUACGAUGUUGACAUCAAAAUCGAGUGCUGCGGCGUGUGCGCCAGCGAUGUCCACACAAUCAGCGGAGGCUGGGGCGAGCAACAUUUCCCUUUGGCUGUUGGACACGAAAUCGUGGGAAGGGCCAUCCGGGUGGGGCCCAAGGUGACCCUGAUCAAGGAAGGCCAGCGUGUGGGAGUCGGCGCCCAGAGCUAUUCCUGCCUGGACUGCCGUCAGUGCAAAAACGACAACGAGACAUACUGCAGAAAGCAAUUGGACACGUACGGCGCCGUCUGGCCUGACUCUGGCGUCGUCUCUCAGGGCGGAUACUCAUCGCACGUGCGCACACAUGAGCACUGGGUCUUCCCUAUACCCGAUGCCCUCCCCAGUACUACGGCGGCACCAAUGCUCUGUGCCGGUCUGACGGCCUACUCGCCCUUGGUGCGGAACGGUUGUGGGCCGGGUAAGAAGGUCGGCAUUGUUGGUCUGGGCGGCAUUGGACAUCUGGGCGUCCUGUUUGCGAAGGCGCUAGGGGCGGAAGUCUGGGUCAUUAGCCGGUCACACGCCAAGGAAGCCGAUGCCUUCAAGCUCGGCGCUGAUGGGUUCCUGGCUACUUCAGACAAGGGCUGGAACGAGCCGCAUGUCAUGACGUUCGACCUUAUUGUCAACACGGCAAACAGCUUUGACGGGUUCGACCUCGACGCCUACCUGAGCCUGCUUGAUGUCCACGCCAAGUGGGUGAGCGUUGGGCUGCCCGAGGGUGACGGUAUCAAGGUGCGCAACCAGACCUUCCUGAGCAACGGCUGCUUCUUUGGCAGCUCGCAUCUCGGGAGCAGGCGCGAGACGCUCGAGAUGCUGCAGCUGGCCGCCGACAAGGGGAUCAGGACGUGGGUGGAGGAGGUGCCCAUCAGCGACAAGAACCUCUCGAAUAUUAUGACCAGGUUGCACAAGAACGACGUGCGAUACAGGUUUUGCCUGACGAACUACGAGGACCAGUUCGGGGCAUGAGUGCGUCUUGCCUAUCUAUGACCACGCCGAGCUACGGCAUGUAUUGAUAGCUGUCUGUAUAGUCAAGCAACGAAUAGAAAGAAUACAAACAGCCUUGUUAAGCGUAGACAGCAAAGCAAAGCACAAAGAC